AAUUUAAGAUGAUGGUGUAAAGAUUAGAUUUGCACAUUUGUAGGGAUGUAUAUAUACAUGUAUGCAUGUAUCAAUGCGUCUAUAAAUUUACUUAAAAAAAACUAAGUAUAAUUCAAGAUUCGAUAUGGCAUUUAAGAGAGUAGAAUUUAAUAAAUUUAAACCACACAUGUUAAUGAUAUUUUCACAAAUGGCUUACACUUUCCUCUACUUCAUCACCGAAGCUUCCUUUAACCAUGGCUUCAACCCUCACGUCUACGUUACUUAUCGCCAUAUCGUAGGCGGAGUCGUCACUUUCCCCUUCGCGUAUUUCCUUGAGAGGAAGCUGAGACCGAAGCUGACAUUAGCCCUUUUCAUGGAGAUUUUCGUUCUAUCGCUUAUCGGGGUGAGUUUGACUCUGAACAUGUAUUACGCGAGCUUGAGAUUCACAUCUCCAACGUUUAUGUCAUCGAUCGUGAACACGAUCUCGUCGAUGACGUUUCUGAUGGCGGUGAUUCUCCAUCUAGAAGCUCUCGAUCUCAAGAACCCUAGAGGAAUCGCCAAGGUUGUCGGAACGGUCGUUUCCUUGGCGGGUGUGACCGUCAUGACGCUUUACAAAGGGCCAGUCAUCGAACCUCUGUGGAACCCUCUGGUCCGUCUGGAAGAAAACUCAGUUUUCCACGAGGAUUGGCUCAAGGGUUCGAUCCUCACCGUCUCGAGCUGCCUAACCUGGUCAAUGUGGUACAUCAUGCAGGCGUAUACAUUGGAAAGAUACCCCGCUCAACUCUCCCUCACGGCGUGGAUGUCCUUCAUAGGAGCGNUUCAGUCCGCCAUCUUCACUGCCAUGAUCGUGCCUCGACCAGAUGCUUGGAAGCUCCGACUCAAUGUCGAUUUAUGGUCCACCGUAUACGGAGGAGUAGCAGUUUCGGGUUUCGUCGUAUUUGCUCAGCUAUGGUGUACGGAACGGAAAGGGCCGGUCUUCGUUACGAUGUUCAACCCGCUUUCGACAGUUCUUGUCGCAGUUCUCGCUUACUUUGUUCUUGGCGAGAAGCUUUACCUCGGCAGUGUGGUAGGAGCGGUGGUCGUGAUAGUAGGACUGUAUCUUCUUCUAUGGGGGAAAGAACAUGACAGAAUUCAGAGAAGAUUGAACGAGCAGUUGAAUGAAUCGGAAUUCAGACAGGAUCAAGUGUCAGAAGCAGUUCCAAACUAAGAACUAUAGAUCAUUCAAUGAAUAACAUCAGUCCCAUAUUAUCUGGAACUCAAAAGUGUUAAAAAAGAUCAUCAGAUGUUUUUUUUUUAUAUCA